GCGCGUGGAGAUGGCAUGGUGGUGAAUGACAAGCGAAUGGCGAUUGACAUGCUCUUAGUUCGCAGAGACAUCAGAGAGAACAACAUGGUGUUGAGAUGGGUGGAUGCCCGCCAAAUGGUGGCUGAUCCACCGAAGAAGGUGAAUGUUGACCCGAGCUUCCUGCGCUUUGUGAUGAAGACUGGAGAAUAA